AUUAUUACUAUUAUUAUUAUUAUUAUUAUUAUCGUUAUUCGCUAUAGGCUUACUCGAUGAUAAUCCUGGAGGUAGAGCCGGCAUCUGAACAAAUUGUUUGAUGCAAAAUAGUAAUCAGUUUAAUCCAGUAGUGAAUUCAUUAGUUUCGAAAUUGGUUCCUUGUUACAGUAAUUUUAGGUACUGGAGAAUUUUUUAUAAGUACGCACGACCUUUUUUCUUACUAGAAUUUUUUUUUAUAAAAAGCGAAUCUCAUCUGUGAUCGUAAACAGUUAAGUAAGAAUUUUGCAAUCAUAAAGCAAUAAUGUCAAGAAGAUACAUUCCUAAUAUAAUAAUUACGGGUACUCCAGGGUGUGGUAAGACGUCUCAUUCCGAAAGUUUGGUUAGUCAAUUAAAUGAUGAAAUUAAAGUUAAAGGAUAUGAUUUUCAACAUUUUUCUAUAUCAGAUAUUGCAAAAGAACGUGGAUGUAUAGAUAGUUAUGAUGAAGUUUUAGAUACAUCUGUUGUUGAUGAAGAUAAAUUAUUGGAUUCUUUGGAACCGGACUUAGAAAAAGGUGGUAUACUAGUAGAUUGGCAUUGUUGUGAGAUUUUCCCUGAAAGAUUGAUCGAUUUGGUGGUAGUCUUACGAACUGAUAAUAGUUUAUUAUAUGACAGAUUGAAGAAAAGGGGUUAUAAAGAUAAUAAGAUUCAAGAAAAUCUUGACUGUGAAAUUAUGGAAAUUAUUGCUGAUGAAGCAAGACGUUCAUAUGUUCCAGAAAUAGUAAUACAGUUAACUUCAAAUUCUGUCGAAGAGAUGGAAGACAAUGUCGCUAGAAUUUUUGAAUGGACUGCCGCUUGGGUAAAAGAUCACCCCCAAGGCGUAACCAAUGAGUUGGACCCUGAAGUCGCUGCUGCUGCUGCAGAAAGAAAUGAAAAACUUUCAGACGAUGAGGAGGAUUAUGAUGUCGAAGAUGAGGAAGAAGAAGAAGAAGAUGAUGAUGAUGAGUAAACAAGUAUAUGUUUUAUAUUGUACAUUAGUAUACAUAGAG